AAAAUAUGUGCCGGAUAUGCUAUUAAACCGGUUCCUAAAUUUCGCUAAAUUUCUACUACGCAAAAUGCUACCCUCUUGUGCAGUGCUGUAAAACGCACCUUUAGCCAACAGCUGUGCAACAGCGCUUUGCAACACACGAGCGAUUGAAAUGGCGCGAAAAUAAUUUGGCGCGUCGCCGAACAUUUGGAGGGAAACUGCAUCGCCGUGGCCCAGUUGUAAUUUGAGCAGUGGCAGUGGCAAGACGUGUAUGAAAAUAUAAUAAGAAAAAAGCAAUAGUGAGAUACCACAGAGCCAACAACCAGACGUGCCAAGAGUGAAAUUGUCAAGCAAAUACAACAAGCCCAUAAGCAUAGCAUUUAAUUCAAAUUGCAAUCAUGGCCCAGCCAUCGGUAGCUGCAUUUUUUAGCAAUCGCAAACGUGCCGCCGUGGAUGAUGCGACCACAAUUAAGACCAGGCGUCUCGCAGAGCCAGUCGAAGUUGCUGCCCCACAAAAUAUAGCGCUUCCGAGCGCUUCCACAAAUCAGGAUGUGGACAUGGAUGCACUUAAAAGUGGCAUACGCACACGAUCGGGCCGCACCAUCAAACUUAUUGGCGUACAGCCAAGCACACCGUCUCAGGAGACCAGAAAGAAGUCAGCCAAGGUUGAGGCAAACAUCAAGCAGCCAAAACUUGUACAGUUCAUACGCAAGGGUAACCUUUCACCGCGCAAGCAACCACCCAGCAAGGCGAGCGAUGUGGCACAGAUCAUCAACGAGCAGACGCCCAAGUUGAAUCUGACGUUUGCCGCCAAGCAAAAUGCGGAGAAUGCGCAGCGUGGCAUGCGCACGCCCACCAAACAGAUCAUCAAGGAUGCCUCGCCCAUAAAGCACAUAGAUCUGGCCAAGCGUGGCCUGACCUUCGACGAGAUCAAGACCAAAGUAUCGCGCAGCGCCAAAAUGCAGGAGCUGAAGGCCGUGCUGGCGCGCAAGGCACAGCUGGAGCAGCAGCGCAAGGCGCAGGAGGAACGCAAUCGCAGGCUGCGCGAGGCGGGACCAUCACCAGCCAAGCCCGCCAAGACAGUGCAGCUCAAGGAGUUCGAUACCAUCGAACUGGAGGUGCUGACCAGCCCCUUGAAGACAUUCAAGACGCCGACGAAGCUGCAGCCACCCACACCGGACAAGCAUGAGUUGAUGUCACCGCGGCACACGGACGUCUCGAAGCGUCUGCUCUUUAGUCCGGCCAAGAAUGGUUCGCCAGGCAAGCUGCUGGAGCCGCCAGCAUAUAAGCGCUUUGCCAGCCUCGCCGAGACGAGCAAAGCCGGUCAGCUGCCCUUGCCGUACAAGUAUCGUCAUUUGCUGGAGGUUUUCAAGGCUGUGGACUCGGUGGUGGCCAUGUUCCACAAUCGCAAGGAAUGCAUUACCUUCAAGAAGCUGAAGCCGGCGGUGCAGCGUAUGCUGCGCAAGAACUUUACGGAAAUGCAUCUGGCGCAGAUCAAGCACGUCUAUCCGGAUGCUUUCAUCUACUCACAGAUGAAAACACGCAAUUUUGGCUCAAUCUCCAAGGCUGAUUACUUUCAGCUGGUCAUCAGUCCCAAUGUGGAGCAGUUGCCGGAACAGCAGCGCCUCAACAAAAUCAAUGAAGACGAUGUGCUCGCGUCGGCACUGUCGACGUCCAUGAAUCCACACGUCAUGACCGCGCGCAUGCAGAAAUUCCAGAGACUGUUGCUGCAGCGUGUCAUGGAGGAGCAUGACAAGUUUGUACGCUCACUGGAUCCACCGAUUAUCAUUACCCGGGCGCUCACACGUUGGCAUCCGCAAUUCGAUUUGGAAAGCUGCAGCGAGGUGGAGCUCGGUGUGCUGCCGCAACCGCCGAACGUGGAGAAAUAUUCAUCAGCCAAGGAUAUACUUUCGACGGCACGCAAUCUCUUCAAUUGCGCCACGCCCAUGGAGCGCGUAAUGGACCGCUAUGAGGCCAAGCUGGAGGCGGAUAGGAGCCAAGCAAAUGCUGCAGCUGCAGAUCUCACUCAGCAAAUCGCACCCAGCGAGACGACGCCAACAAAAUCAACUGCAAUAGACGCCACCAAAGCCACAACAGAAACUUCCACUGCCACGCCCACGGUCAAAGAGUGUACGGCCACGACAAAUAAUGAUGCCACGUCCAAUCUGCUGAAGGGUUUGCCCAAAUCGUUAAUUGACAGAAUACGGGCCAAACAGGCAGCCAAAGCAUUGGACGCGAUGACGCGUCGACCAUCGCAGGAUCAGGAGGCUACCAAUUAUUCGCGUCUACCGGAUUUGGCGCGUCAUCUGCGCAACGUAUUCGUUACGGAACGCAAGAGCGUGCUUACCCUCGAGAUUAUCAUCAAGAAAAUACAAAACAGUUUCCGGGCUAAUCUGACGCCGCAGGAGAUUGAAUCGCAUCUGAAACUGCUGGUCAAGGAGCUGCCGGCCUGGGCAUCAUUUCAUGAAGUGCGUAAGACUAUGUAUCUGAAGAUCGCCAAGGAUCUGGACAUGAAUAAGAUCAUUGAGAAACUGGAGGAAAUUGCGAAUGAGAAGAGCAAAUAACUGAAGAUUCAGAUAACGCAAUAUAUAUGCAAAUCCUAGACCCUGUGGACUAUAUCCAGCUAUAUGUAUAUUUAAGUAAACACUUACCUAGGCUCAAUUAAACUAGGAAAUUAUCUUGUUAUUCAUACCAUUGACAUAAUUAUUAUCUAUAUAUUUGACCUAUUAUAAACAAACAAAACACAUUUCAUCCAA